AGCUAUGAGCACACCGGAGCUCUUCGUUGCCGCGGCUCGUCAAUGUUUGUCCAUCAGGAGAAAAUCUCUCUCAGUCCCUCAAUGUCUGGACGUUGCUGCUCAGCUCUCAGCUGUCGAUUUGGCUUUGAAACCCACCCUGUUGUACGACGCCAACAGCGCCGGUGCGGACCAGGUGCAUCGGUAUUUACGCUUGUGUCAGUCUUCCCAGCUCGUGUCCGAAUGCCUCGUCACGUUGGACUUGAACGGUAACAGCCUCGUGCUCAACCCGGUUGAGGUCCGCUCCAAUCUCGAGCGGAUGGUUCACGGCGGCGGGCCGGUGGUGAUCGACGUCUGCCGCUCGCUGGACGAGCCCGCCGUCACAGAGCCGUUCCGAGCAGGCCUGAAGACCAUCGCGCAAGAUCUCAUUUUUCUUCUCGAAGGGUUCGAUGCGGGAAAGGAAGUCGAUCAAGGAAUCUACGUGGCAGAGAGGUCCGAUGAUUGGAAUCUGAGUGCCGUAUUUGGACUGCUACUGGGUUAUCCCGCCACCUACUGGUUUGACCAGACCGACAGCUUUGAAAACUGCCUCGCUAUGACCCCCUUGACGGUGACCACGGCAUCCGCGACGUGGCAAGCGGACGACGCUACCGUCCGUAAAUGUUGCCUGUACUCAUUCAGCAUCCCCGCGGUCCUCCAGAAGGAGACCCAGUCCCACCUGGAGGACUGGAAGCUCACCCUUGAAGAGAGAUUCCAGCAGCAAAAUACCCUAAAAGAGCUCACCGUUUGUCAGUCGGCAGUUACUCUCCCUUCAGUCUGUUUGUGACUCCAUAAAAACCGCCAAAGCUGUUUCUCCUUGUUUAAUCAUACGCCACGACUACAUUUGCAACAAUGUUUAAAAAUGGGACAUGAUCACGACAUAAGUUGACUGAAAUUUUGGGUUGAAGUGAAUUAUCAUAGAGCUACGGUUAUGGUUAACCUGAUUCACAUCUUGGCCAUUUGAGUGAAAGUAC